GAGCCGAUGUCCUUCCUUCAAGUAAUCAGCUCUGAGAUGAACAAUGACCACUGGACACAUAUACAAUGGUGUCUACAUUGAUGGAAGCGCCAAAGCUCAACUCGGAGAUACAUACUAUGUCGGACUAGACAAUCUUCUUAGUAGUCUUCAGUACGCCAAAGACGCAGCGUUCAACUCAUACUUAAAGCAACACGAGCCCACUUGCCUCUCUAAUACCCGUGUAAACCUCCUCCGCGAGAUAUACAACUGGGCUGACGGACAAGAUGAACGUUACAUCUUCUGGCUGAACGGCUUAGCAGGCACGGGAAAGUCGACAAUUGCGCGCACCGUUGCUGACAGAUUUGACAAACAAAAGCAUCUUGGGGCUAGCUUCUUCUUCUCACGAGGCGGUGGAGAUGUCGGCCGAGCAGAAAAGUUUGUCACAAGCAUCGCUGUCCAGCUUGCCGAAAAAGUGCCAAGUUUAUGCCAACACAUCUGCGACGCCAUUAAAGAGCAUGGAAACAUUGCCAGUCAAUCUCUCCGCUACCAAUGGGAUCAUCUUGUCCUUGGCCCACUAUCGAAGCUAGACAGCAACGGCAGACUAUACGUCCUGGUGGUCGAUGCGCUUGACGAAUGUGACGACGACAACAACAUCCAGAUCAUUGUAAAGCUCUUGACUGAGACUAGAUCGUUGAAGUCAGUCCAACUACGCGUGUUUCUAACGAGCAGGCUAGAGAUUCCAAUUCGAUCUGCGUUCCAUCAAGUCCCAGACGCAGAGCACCGGGACCUUGUACUCCACAACAUAUCGCCGUCAAUUAUUGACCAGGAUAUCUACACCUUCCUAGAAUAUAAUCUUGGACAUAUUGGGCAGGAACGCAACUUAGGUCCUAGUUGGCCUGGCAAAGACAUCGUUGAGUGUUUAGUUCACAAUGCAAGCGGUCUGUUUAUCUGGGCCGCAACCGCCUGUCGGUUUAUUCGCGAAGGGAAGCGGUUUGCAGUUGAAAGACUUGAUACGUUGAUUCACAGCAGCAGCAACGCUUCCACAGGCCCAGAGAAGCAUCUAAAUGUCAUAUAUAUUACCGUUCUCAAGCAGUCG